GAGCAUGUCUUGUGAGGUGGUGGACGCUGCCAUGGGACGAUCAGUCGGCGGGAGCGAGUACACCUGGUGCAGAGCCGUUCCCGGCGGCACCGGCAUCGCCGUCUUGGCUUUCCUCCUGUCCAAGCCCCCCCUUCUCUCUCGCCUCCAAACUGCCCUUCACAAGCUCCAAAAUACCCAUCCUAUUCUCAACUCGACCCUCCAUUUCAACCCAAACACUUCCUCCUUCUCCUUCCUCGCCUCCCCCACCACUGCCUUCCUCAGCGUACAAUCUUUUGAUCUCUCAGCCACUUCCACUCUGCUUGUUCCCCACCACGACUUGCCUGUUUCUCCCUUCCAACAAAUCCUUGAACACCAGCUGAAUCACAUCUCUUGGAACCACGACCAUCACUCCCACACCAACGUCCCCGUCCUGUUUGCAAGCAUUUAUGCUCUUCCUGACGAAUCUUGGGCGGUUGUUCUCCGGCUCCAUGUGGCCGCUUGUGACCGGACGACGGCGGCCUCGCUUUUGAGGGAGCUGCGGCUUGGGCUGAAAACGGAAGAGAAAGAGGUCGGCGAAGAGAGGAAGAAGGAGAAGGAAACAUCAAAGUUAUCAUUGGCGAUAGAAGAUCUGGUGCCCAGUGGGAAGGGGAAAAAAGGAGUGUGGACACGUGGGAUGGACAUGCUUGCUUACUCUCUAAACUCGCUGAGGCUGACAAAUCUGAGAUUUGAAGAAACAAAAAGCAGGAGGCGUUCACAGGUGGUGAGAUUGCAACUGAACCGGAACGAGACGGAGGGAGUUGUGAAUGGAUGCAGGAAGACGGGGAUAAAAGUGUGUGGAGCUUUGACAGCAGCGGCAUUGAUGGCGGCACACGGCUCCAAGAAGAGUGGGAAGAAGUAUGGGGUGGUCACUCUUGUCGAUUGCCGCUCCACUCUUCAUCCUCCACUCUCUCCUCACAAUUUUGGGUUUUAUCACGCUGCAAUUCUCAACACGCACGUAAUGAAGGGAGGGGAAGAGAGCCUAUGGGACGUGGCACAACGAGCGUACGAAGCAUUUUCAAACUCUAAGAAGAGCAACAAGCACUUAUCAGACAUGGCGGACAUAAACUUGCUGAUGCGCACGGCUAUGGAGAACCCCUCCCUGACCUCCUCGUCUUCAUUGAGAACCUCGAUCGUGUCGGUGUUCGAGGACACGGUGAUCGACGACGACGUCGACGGCGGCGGCGAGAUGCGGGGAGAGGUGGGCUUAGAAGACUUCAUGGGGUGCGCCUCUGUUCAUGGGGUGGGCCCAUCUAUUGCUGUGUUUGACACCAUCAGAAAUGGAUGCUUGGACUGCGUCUGCGUGUACCCAUCGCCGCUGCACUCCAGACAACAGAUGCACCAGUUUGUUAGUACCAUGAAGGCUGUUCUUAUCCAAGCUGGAACAUUAUACGAAUGAUUGAAAUGACAAUACAGAUUCGUGUGUGUGUGUGUGUCCCAGUCAUUCAUGAAUUAGGUAUUUCCGUCCACGCAAAGCUCUGGUUUUGGUGCGAUCGCACUUAUGUCGAAGGUAGCAUAAUAUAACGAUAUUAAAUAAUCAGUACUUGUGAGCACAAUUUAAUCAGCACUGCAGUUUAACAACUUUGCUUCCACUAUUUGUAGUUAAAUCACGACAUCAGUAAAUGUUCUUUGUUUGGUAUA